AUGGGUUAUGCCAGAAUCAUUGGUGAAGCAGCGUCAACAGUUCAAGCGGCGGCCGAUGCCACCCGCCGCCACCACACCAACCUCGGCACAGUUUUGCACGGCGUCGAGGCCUCGCUGUGCACCCCUGCUCGCACGCCGCCCGCACUACCUCAGGGCAUGGCGACGACGGGGCACGGGCGGCUCGGCAAGAGCAGCUGGCGGUCAUCUGUGUCACCGGCCUUUGAGCCUGUAGAGAGUGAUAUCCCUCAACCCGGGACACAGUGCCACUGUCACAUCCGGUUUCCACAGUUUACCUUCCGUAAGUGUCCCCAGGCACCCAUUUAUCGACCAACCGGAAGGGAAGAUGAACAGCUGAUUGAGGUGUGGGAGUGGGCAGCGGCUCCUCCGGCCACCCACACCGCCCACACUUCUCCAUCAGCUCCAUCCUGGGUCUGGACACCACCGCGCAGAGGCUGCACCCCAGAGACCAAAGCCCGACGCCCACCGCCAACACGUACACUCACGCCCACCCACCCCACGCAAGUGUACAGCAAAAGAAGAACCCCCACGCCACCUUACACCCAUGGGAGGCCGCCCACACCCACCUUCACGCACACCAGACCGCCUACACCCACGUAUGACCACCACCGAGCCUCCUCGCCCGCCUACACUCACACCCGCUCAUCCACGCCCAUAUACACCCACACACGGCCAACCACGCCCACAUACACGCACUCCAGAUCCUCCCCGCCUACUCAUACUUCAAGCAGGUCCCCUCAUCGUCCAUCCACGCCCACUUAUUCCCUCUACCUGGGCGGGAGCAGCCAAGACCCGCCCACACAGCCGCCCAACGAUCACGCCCACGACAGCAUCCUUGACGACAGCCUCGAGGACGGAGCUUCAGGAGACGAGGACGAGGAUGACGACUCUACGGGGGAUCCUGGCGUGGGCGGGGAGGAGCACGCACGCCCACACUCCCCAGACUCACACCAUCCCUCCGCCUUCGUCCGUCCCACACCUCUCCACCCACGCCCGGAGCUUGACAGUGUGGAGAGCAUGGUCGGGGGUCUGGGAGGCGGCGCUGCGGGGUUGGGCAGCGUCGGGGGCGCGCUGGGUAGCCCUAUCAGCCACGGCGCCCACUUCCCUCCACUGUGGUACCCGCCGUGGGUUGCCGCCUUCAAGCCCAUGUUUGGUCUUCAAGCGCCCCGCCCCACAGGCCGCCGCUCACGCAAGCCCGGGGUCGACCGCAAGCCUCGCCAGGCAUACAGCGCCAAGCAGCUCGAGCGCCUGGAAGCAGAAUUUAAGAUCGACAAGUACCUGAGUGUGUCCAAGCGGCUCGAGUUGUCCCAGGCCCUCUCCCUCACCGAGACGCAGAUCAAGACGUGGUUCCAAAACAGACGAACCAAGUGGAAGAAGCAAAUGGCAGCACGCAUGCGCCUCGCCCAGCGGCAGGGUCUCCUACCCCCGCACCUGUAUCCUGCCCUUCCUCCCAUACCACCUGUGCUAGGUCCCUAUUACCCUAUGGCGCCCCCAGCCCACGGCCACCUCGUCCCUCCCCCGCCCCUCCUCACUCCCCUCUCCCCGCCGGAUCCCCCGUUCUCCUCUGCACAUGAGCCUGCCACCUCAUAGUUCACCACUAACUUGGGAAUAAAAGAAUCUCUCUCUCUCUCUCUCUCUCUCUCUCUCUCUCUCUCUCUCUCUCUCUCUCUCUCUCUCUCUCCUUGGUUUACUGUCCACGCCGCCGCCUAGUGUAAAAUGAACGGUGUAUGGAAGUCGGUGAUCACUGGUGGCUCAGUCCUUCCAACAACGUGAGAAGCACAGGCCGUUGAUUCGUGUGUUGACCGCCCAAGCGAGAUGAGACCGUUCCACACGCGUCCAACUUCACUACAGCUUCAAAGGUCUACCAGCGCCUCACCACAGCUUCACAGUCCCGCCAAAGCUCACCACAGCCUCUCCACAACAUCCCGCUACAGCCUCCACACAGAUCAGCCUACCACAGUCCAGCAACAGCCUAUCCAAGCUUCAAAAUCCCGCCACAGCUUCACCCGGUAUCGAAGCUUCACAACCGCGCCACAACGCAUUAGCUUCUCCACAGCAGUUCAGCCAUAACCACAACCCUGAAUCUCUAUAACACAAUUAAUUAAACCAGGAGCUCAAACACAAGCCCACUGUCUAUCCACACCUCACCACCACAACAGUCCAGCCACAGUUCCAAGCAGCUUAUCCACACAGUCGCCACAGCCUUACAGCCAGUCACAGCCAAUAUGAUUCUUCCUCACAGCCUUCACACAGGCACACAGUACACCACAAUUCAAUUCAUAGCCUCAGAACGUAACCAUGGUAGUACCACAGCCUUACACCCUACCGCCAGGCCUACAGCUUUACCACAGCCUCACCAGCCCUGCCCCUGUCACCAACCACUUGUUUCUCACCUGUAAUAUUCGCUCCCUAAGCCAGUGCUGAGCUAGAGAGAGGAGAGGAGAGAAGAGUGGUGUCCAUAGGCUAGUGUGAAGUAAAAACAUUAAGGUGAAAAGAUUGAAAAUGAAGCAGAGGCCAUUUAGUCACUAAACGCCGUUGGAAUGAGGGAGUUAUGCUUUUGUGUGUGUGUGUGUGUGUGUGUGUGUGUGUGUUCUGGUUGUAUGGGACCUGAGAAAAUAGCAGUUGAACGUAUAAGAACAUUUUCUCCCCAGCAAGCUGAUGCAGGUCAGUGUUAAAGGGAUCCGCAGAAGUGAAUUUAAAGGCCACUUGCUCCUCACCUGAAAAUCUCCCUCACGGUUUACCAGAAAAUAUAUCCAAUUCUUAUACACUUGUUCCCCAGGCCUACAGCCUCUUUCUCGAUGCUCGGCGUACCUUUCCAUGUUUCAGUGUGGUGAUGGCACUGCCAAGAACACCGAUGAUGGCAAGUAAAGGUCGCUGCUCCAUCCACCUACUCAGGCCUCACGCCGCACUACGUCAUGUGACGCAAGGAACGGAGGAGUUGGUUCUUGACAAAAAUAAUGACUUCGUGACAUACAUAAUCAUCAAAGAUUGAAAAUCAUAAAAAGAAGGAAAAGAAAAUAUAUCAAACUCUGACUACCUUAAAA